AUGUCUGUGAAACCCUACGUACCCUUCUUCUUCCUCUUGCUAGUCCUCUGUGGCAAUGCUCAAGGCCAGUUCACCUCUUACCGGUCAUCCUCAACAGAAUUAGUCUCCGACGGGAUAAACAAACCCAGGUCCGAGACCUCAUCCUACCUCCUCAGUCUCAAACCCUUAUCAUCCGUGGAGCUCACGUGUGAGGAGACCUACGGUUUCAUGCCAUGCACCACCACCGUUCUUGGGAACAUGUUCCUCAUGCUGGUUUAUGGUUACUUGAUGUAUACCGCAGCCAAGUGGCUGUCCAGCGGCAGCGAGAUUCUGCUUGAGAUUCUCGGCCCUGGUAUCGUCGGAGGCUUGUUCCUCCCAGUCCUCACUUCUCUUCCCGAUGCCAUGCUCAUUCUCGUAUCCGGACUCUCUGGGAGUACAGAAGAAGCUCAAAGUCAGGUCUCUGUUGGAAUUGGGUUGCUUGCUGGUUCAACAGUGUUGGUUCUUUCACUAAUUUGGGGCUCCUGUGUUGUUGUUGGCAAGUGCGAUAUUGAAGAUUCCAUUGCAAAAGACAGCCAGGACACAAAAGGGUUUAACUUCACUGGUUCUGGUGUCACUACUGACAUCUGGACUAGCUAUUCUGCAAGGAUUAUGGCUGCCUCUGUCAUUCCAUUCCUCAUUGUUCAGCUACCGCAGAUUCUCAAUUCAAAAUCAGGAAGACGAAUAGCAGUUUUGAUUGCUCUAAUCGUUUCUGUCACGCUAUUUGUUUCGUAUUGUGUCUAUCAGGUAAGUCAGCCAUGGGUCCAGAAGAGACAUAUUGCUUAUGCAAAACAUAAGCAUGUUAUAUCAGGAAUAUUACAACAUCUAAAGAUGCGUGCGUUGGGAUGGCUUCUUGAUGAUGAUGGUGAACCCAACAAAGAAGUUAUUGACAAGCUGUUUCACACAAUUGAUCAGGACCAUGAUGGAUAUCUUUCGGCUACUGAAUUAAGAGCACUUAUUAUCGGAGUCCGGUUUGAUCAAAUAGAGUUGAAUAAGGAUGAUGCUGUGGAAAAACUGAUGGAAGAAUUUGAUACUUCUCACGAUUCUCGCGUUGAUAUUCAUGAGUUUUUCAAUGGUGUCUCAAAGUGGCUUAAUGUUGCAAAGCGUGUAGCAAAUUCCAACUCUCCCUCUGAUCCUAAAUUUUUAACUGACUUCCACUCGAGGACAAAGCAAGAGCAUGAUCUCUUGGGAGCUGGUGAUCAAAGUGAGGAGGCCAUUGAGGGAAGGAAAAAUGUCAAGUUGCAAUUCAUCAAAGCGAUAGGAAUGCUGUUGGUUGGAACUCUUAUUGCAGCUGUAGUUGCAGAACCGUUGGUCGACGUGGUUGACAGUUUCUCAGAGGCCACAAGCAUUCCAAAUUUCUUCAUCUCAUUCAUUGUGCUACCUUUGUUUACUGCUAGUGAGGGUGUGUCUGCAAUAACAUUCGCUAGCCGAAAAAAGAUACGAACUGCCUCUUUGACAUUUUCUCAGUUGUAUGGCUCAGUUACCAUGAAGAAUGUGCUUUGCCUAUCAGUUUUUUUGGCCCUGGUGUACUUCAGGGGAUUAACAUGGGAUUUCUCAGCAGAAGUUCUGGUCAUUCUAAUUGUCUGCACCGUGAUGGGUGUUUUUGCCAGUUUACGCACCACCUUCCCCCUCUGGACAUCAUCAAUUGCUUUCAUACUGUAUCCCUUCUCUGUGGCACUGAUCUAUGUUCUGGAUUUUGUUUUUGGCUGGUCAUAGACGUCCAGUGCACCAGUCCCGCUUGUUACUGUAC